AUGGGGAGAGCUCCUUGUUGUGAGAAAGUGGGGUUGAAGAAAGGAAGAUGGACCGCUGAAGAGGAUAAGAUCUUGACCGAUUACAUCCAUGAAAAUGGUGAAGGAUCAUGGAGGUCCUUGCCCAAGAAUGCGGGUUUGUUAAGGUGUGGGAAGAGUUGCAGACUAAGAUGGAUCAAUUAUUUGAGAGCAGACGUGAAGAGAGGAAACAUCACUCCUGAAGAGGAAGAGAUUAUUGUUAAGUUGCAUCAUGUUCUUGGUAAUAGGUGGUCUGUAAUAGCAGGUCAUUUACCGGGACGAACUGAUAAUGAGAUAAAGAAUUAUUGGAACUCUCAUUUGAGGAGAAAGAUUUACUGCUUCAUGAAAUCUCUAAAUGAGUCUCUGCCACCUAUUGACAUGGUUGCUGUGAACGAAGCUGCUACAUCCAAGAGAAGAGGUCGAGGAACAAGAAAUAACACGGCCAUGGAAGAGGACAAGAACAUGGCAUUGAGACAAAACUCCCUUGAAUCAAUGCCUAAAAGCAAAGCAGCAACUUCACAAAGUUGUAAUAUAGGAGAUGCUGAAGAAAUUUCGAUGAUGGAUGCUUAUUAUGAAAUGGAGGGUAAUGCAAAUACUACAUUUGCAUCAUACCCCAAUAUGAAUGGAGAUGUUGAGGGCUUAGGACUAUAUCAAUGGCCAGAUGAUGAAAUUAUGAAACUUAGUCACAUGUUUGAAAGUGGGGUACUUGUAAAUCCAAGUAGGAAUGUAACCCUUAAGGAAGAGCCUAAUGGACAUGACUGUGGGCAAAUGCAUAUGGAUAUAAUGGGAACAAGUGAUCAAGAGAGAAAGAGUGGAGUUUGGAGCUCUUCAAAUGCAGAGUGUGGAGAGUGGUACACUAGUUGUUCAUCAAUGAAUUCUGCCAUUGAUCAUCAGUGGCCUGAUUGGGAUUUGGCAGAUAAUGUUCAAUCACAUAAUGAAUGGGACCUUUGUGAAGAAGACCAAAUGGUGGAUUGCUUGUGGGGUACUGGCAUUGGUGAAGUAAAUGGUUUUCAUCAGUAA